GGCUCCGAUCCACAGCGGCGCACGUACCAACCGCCGACCAAGCCACGCGGAGCAGCGCCGACCAAGCCACGCGGAGCAGCUGCUCUGGCCGGUAGGAGAGAGAUCUCAGUCAGCGCUGCAGCCGAACCACUCGCGGCCGGCCAGGGGGAAGGAAUCGGAGGAGAACCGGGGUCCCAGGGAAAGAUUCUCCUAUUGUUCGUGCUGUCAUGUGUAGGGAAAAGGAUUGGGUACAGUUUGACGCAUUUGGAGCUGAGCUUUCUGGCGGCUGAAGAUGAGUGGAGGACAUGGUGAUCCUGGGACCUCAGCUAAGAUGGCAAAGCUGAAGGAGUUAUUGCACAGGAGUGAAAACCGCAUUUGUGCUGACUGCAGCGCGCCUGAUCCCAAAUGGGCAUCAGCUAACAUUGGAGUAUUCAUUUGCGUAAAAUGUUCCGGCGUCCACAGAAGUCUCGGUACACAUAUUUCAAAGGUUCUGUCAGUAACACUAGAUAAGUGGACUGACUAUGAAGUUGACUCCAUGAUAGAAGUUGGUGGGAAUUCUCACGCCAAUGCAAUAUGCGAGGCAUUUCUGCCAGAGGGCUACCGGAAGCCACAUCCAGAUUCGACCCAGGAAGAGAGAGAAAGUUUCAUCAGGUCAAAGUAUGAGUUGCAGGAAUUUCUGAAGCCAAACCUACGGAUUGUUUCUAAUCACUCUAGUGAAUCUGGAAAACAUGCAGGCAAUGCUUCUCAUUCUUAUGGUUCCAAGAGUGAAAUCGGCAUGGUUGAGUUCAUCGGAAUAUUGAAUGUCAAGGUGAUAGGAGGCACCAACCUGGCCAUCAGGGAUAUGUCAAGCAGUGACCCAUAUGUCGUCCUGACGCUUGGGCAGCAGAAAGCACAAACUUCAGUGAUCAAAGGCAACUUAAACCCAGUCUGGAAUGAAGAACUGAAGCUCUCUGUUCCUCGGGAAUAUGGACCUCUGAAACUGGAAGUGUUCGAUCAUGACAUGGUGUCCAAGGACGACCUCAUGGGAGAGGCCGAGAUCGACCUGCAGACUAUGAUCAACGCGGCCGCGGCUUUCGGCGACCCGGAGCUGCUGGGAGACAUGCAGAUCGGCCGGUGGCUCAAGUCCGGGGACAACGCGCUCGUCAGGGACAGCGCGGUGGUGGUCGCCGGGGGCAAGGUGAAGCAGGGGGUGUCGCUGAAGCUGCAGCACACCGAGUCCGGCGAGCUGGAGCUGGAGAUGGAGUGGAUGCCGCUCAACAUGUGAGGAUCGUCUGUCAAGUUGCUCAUUCUCAAUCUUCUAUUUUUCUGGAAUCAAAUUUUCUGCGUAUUGGCAGAUGAUAAAUGGUGUUGCACCAUUGCGAUUUCAGAGGAUUUGUUUUGCUUUUGCUGCCAUCAGAAAAUGCUGCGUUUGAUAAGUGGCAGGGGUUCCAGGAGAUUCUUCUAAAUAAAGCUCUUCUUCAGAAAGAAACCUUUGGAAGAGAUUGUGUUUUUCUUGGAAUUUGAGACAUUGUGCUGCUUGACAUGAAAUUCUUGGCUACUCUUUAGCA